AUGAGUAAUGUGUUCGACAAGCUGAAGAAGCAGAGGUCCAAAGAAUGCAAGGCGACGGAUUUUUACGAGGUGAAAAACAAAAAUGACGACAUUUACGAAGUGGUAGACGAAGAAGGAUACGUUGAAAACAAGAACUCUCUAAAGGACUUCAUCGUAGGAGGAGACAAGGACUUCGACUCCAGCGAUGACGUAAUCGUGGAGGAUAUUAACUACGCCCUUCUUCGGAAGAGGGCGGCCGAGAAGGAAAUCAAGGCCAAGAGGAACACCCCCAUAGACGAUUUCAUCCGAGAAAAAAAGAUCCAGAAGACCUUCUCGACAGGUAAAUUAAGCAAGGAUGAAAUAUCGAAGGCAAAAAACAUCGAACGAUUGAUGGACGCGAAUUCGUCUUCUAGUGGCAGCGAGUCGGACAAUUUCAACACGAAGAGGAAGACAAGAGACUCUUACGAAAGGGAUCGUAGUGAAAAAGAAGGAUGUCAUAUUAGGCAGAUCAUCCAUAGUAGUAAUAGGAAUACGCAUAUUAGUGAAUUUAGAGGCAGUUCGAUCGGUGAUGUUCCUUCCGGAAGGCAUCACCCCUCUGGAGUGUCCCCAAGCAGCGCUACCGUACAUGCGGAGAGAAAAAAUGGCUACAACCCUGUUCUUCGUGCGAAAGGAACAGAUGAGCAGAUAAAAGCGCAAGUGAAGGAAAAGUGUCACGAAAGUGUUGAGUGUACCGUUUUAGAGGACGAAGACGAUCUCGAUGGGGAAGUGACACAGGAGAGAAACAAGAAGAGGAUAGUGCUCGCAGUGGAAGACAAUCUAGGGGGAGAUACUCCAGAAAAGACUAAGCACACCCCAAGGGAAAGUUCAACGGAGAGUUGCAAAGGGGAGGAAGAAGGUGCAAAGGGUGGAAGCGAAAAAUAUGUACUUCUCAGUAGUAUCAAACAGGAUACUACCCCAGAGGGACAACAAUCUGAUCAGCGUAGCAUUGUAUCGAGGCUCGAGGAAAACCACCCCGUAGAGACAUUCCUACAAAUGGGAGACGUUCCUCCCAUGACGCACAAAAUGAGGAACGAACCGAGGGGAAGCACCUGCGACGGGGAAGAGGAACAGGAACAGCAGACGAGUCGUCUAAACGGAGCUAUCGGAUUGAAGAACAAACCAGAUGAGCUAGUCGCAAAUGAAGAAAGUGGGUUUGUUAACGUAUACCUCUUCGACAUAUGCAAGCACAGAAACAGCAUCAUCCUGUUCGGAAGGACCAGGUCCAAGUUUAAGCUGUAUAGAAGCGUGAGCAUAUAUAUUGAGGACAUGUACAGAUGCUACUACUUCCUGUUGUCGAAAAAUAUGAUUUAUAGAAAAGAUGGACUCGAAAUAAAGUAUGGGCACGAGAAUUACAACACAUGCAUUAUGUCCGACUUUUUGGAGGAGUUCCAAGCCGUGAGGAAGCACCACAGCAUUGAAAGCAUCAAGUGCAAAAUCGUGAAGCGCAGAAAUUUGAAUCUCAGCUCGAGUGAUGAAGAUGUGUAUGCGAAGAUUUAUUACACGUACAACUGUGACCCGAUCAGCGACAGGUACAUGUCUGGAAGGACCUACUCCGCCUUCUACUGCUGCAAUGAGGACAUCAUAGAAAAUUUUAUCAUUAAGAAGAAUUUGAAGCUCCCCUGCUGGGUGAAGGUCAAGGGGAUGAAGAUGAACCCGAGCAACAAUUUGAGUUACUGUUACUUCGACUGCACUACUGCGAACUGGAAGAACGUCUACCCGGUGGAGAAGCGGCUCGAGGGGAAGGUAUCCCCUGGGAGUGCGGAGAUUAUCCCGGUUAGCGGUGGCAACAGCGGUGCUCCCACCCCUGACGAGACGCACAAAAAGGGGGACGUCACCACAGGGGGGAUCAGCCACCUGAUCGAUCUGGACCUGAACAAAGUCAUUAUCAAGGUGGUGUCGCUCCUGAACGAAGAGAACCACCACGAGGUGUUCAGCAUCUGCUCCAUGGUAGACGCAGGAGGGGUGAAGUAUAUCAAUUUCUGCGGCAUAUCUGCCAAGGCGGAAAAAAAAAAAACGCUCUUUACAUACAAUAAGAACAACGCCAAGAUAUUCGACUCGGAAAAGAACCUCCUGGAUGCCUUUCUCCUAAAAUUGAGACCCCUCGACACGGACAUCUAUAUCGGCUACAACAUUUUGAAUUUCGACUUGGAGUUCCUCAUACAUCGAUGCAAUGUGCAUAAUCUAAACGCAGAUUUUCUGAGCAGGAAGAAGAAGCUCAAGAAGAACGACAAAAUGAAAGUCAAUAAGUUCAACGGCACCAGCAGCACCGGGUCCAUGUAUAAUAUCAUUCAGCAUAUCAAGGGGAGACUUAUCGUGGACAUCUACAUGCUGUGCAAGGAUUUGAUCAAGCUCACCAGCUACAGCAUGGACGAGAUUAUCGACAGCGUCAGGAAUAAAUUCCAGGACAGGGGCCGGUCGGCCAAUGCGUCCAACUCGACCGACGCCGCUUCCCCCAGUGCUCCCCGCCCCAACGUCUACAAAGACUUCUCCGUGAACAACAUCAACCUGCUGAACUGCAGCAACAUCCACCUGUACGACGCGGAGCAAAUCCUCGAAAAUCACCUGAACAUGUAUAUACACAGCCAGCUCUUCUCUGUGCAAGAAAUAUCAAACGUGUGCAAAGUGCUGCAGAUCAUCGAGAAGACUAGAGACCUCACCAAACUAAGUGGCUACCUCUGGGCCAGGAGUCUACUAUGCUACACCAGCGAGAGGAUUGAAUACUUUCUUCUCCACGAGUAUAACAGGAAGAAGUUCAUCACCCCUGUGGUUAAGAAGAGAAUUAAAAAGAUUGAAAACGAACAAGUAAAAAACAAAGCUGCGGCAAAGUACUCGGGGGGACUCGUACUGGACCCCCUCUGCGGCUACUACGACACGUUCGUCCUCUACCUCGACUUUAACAGCCUCUACCCGUCUAUUAUCAUCGAGUACAACGUCUGCUUCAGCACAUUGAAGGAGAGAAGUAGCCACAUCGAUGGGGAAGUCAUCAACGGGGUGGAAAACUCCAACGGGGUGGCAGCCUCAAACAGGACUGACGCCGCCUACGGGGAUGACACCGCGAAGGAGAUAGGCGAUCUGGCGGACUCCACAGACGUGGCGGAAGCGGACUCGGGGGAGGCUCUCGCCCCAAGCGAAGCCAUCGAAAUUGAAGACUUUGACAGAACCAAGGUGGGUAUUCUACCCUCCAUCCUUAAAAAUCUUGUGGAGAAGAGAGCCUUCAUAAAAAAACUAAUCGCAAAUGAAAAGAACAAGGAGAAGAAAGAACUCCUCCUAAUCCAGUCCCUAUCCAUAAAACUUAUCAGUAAUAGCAUAUAUGGUUGCCUUGGAAAUACAAACAACCGUUUCUACGCUAAACACAUCGCUUCGUUUAUUACACUCAAGGGAAGGAACCUACUCCAGCACACCAAGUCUAGAGUGGAGAGGGAAUUCAAUUUGAAGGUGAUUUAUGGAGACACCGAUUCGAUCAUGAUAGACACAGGCAUAAAGGCGCACGGAGUGAAUAACUACAAAGAGGCCUUUAGAUUAGCCCACAUCAUUAAAAAUACCGUGAACAAGAGCUACAAGAGGCUCGAACUAGACCUCGAGUGUAUUUUUAGUAAACUCCUCCUUCUGAAAAAGAAGAAGUAUGCCUGUGCAAAGGUCAUGGAUGCCAACAUGGAGAGGUGUGAAUACGAAAUGAAGGGAAUCAAUUUUAUCAAAAGGGACUUUAGUAAAAUUUCAAAACUGAUUGGGAAUGACGUGUUGAAGAUCAUUUUUAGUAGCAAGGAUGGCCAGGGAUCUGGAGCGGGCGCUGGCGACACGGAGCUCCCCAUGGAAAACGACCUCUCGGAGCAGAUCCAUGAGUACCUGCGCGGAGUGCACCAGCGGAUCCAAGCGGACGAGUUCGACCUGGACUUCUUCGUGAUCACGAAGAAGCUGACCAAGAACGUGAGCGAGUACCAGGAGAAAAACUCCCUCGGGCACGUCCUGGUGGCGGAGCGCAUGAUGAAAGACGGCUACAAUAUCAGCGUCAAUAAGGAGAUCCAAUACUGUGUGUGCACGAGCGAGGACGCCUCCAGAUUUUUCAACAAGUCGGGCAACGAGAAGCUGAGCAAUUCCCUCUGCUGUUUCAGUGUCAGCGAAAUACAAAAGCAUAAUAUGAAGAUCGACAAGGACUACUACAUUAGGAACCAGAUCCUUUCUCCUAUCAAUCGACUAUGUCAGUACAUCGAAGGAACCAGUGCAGAGAAGUUGGCUUCCUGUUUUAACAUCUUCGAUGUCAGGGAAAUAAAAACUGAGCUCCAGAUUGAAGAAAAUUAUCAGGAAGCAAAUGUCCUAUCGUUACUAAACGAGUCAGAAGAGAGAUUCAAGGACAUCCACUUGAAGGGCUACCUGACCUGUUCAUACUGUACACACAAUGUCAAGCCAGCCAUCUUCAUAAAAUACUUUCGAUGCAAUAACUGCCUUAGGUAUUUCUCGAUCGAACAGAUACGGAAUUACAUCUUUUCCUUCGUUUACCAUUUAUUUGCUACCUUCUACAAACAGCUUUACGUGUGUAGUACCUGCUUGGUGAAGACGAGACGUGUGCUUCUUAAAGAGUCUAAGGAUUGUCCAAGCCCCAAUUGCGAAAAUCCCAAGGGUUCCCUGAAGCCCCUGGUUUCGAAGAAGUAUAUUUAUCUCAUGCUGGAGUAUUUUCUCUUUCUGCUCAAGGACAAUUUGAGGGAAGUUCCGGAACGCCUCGUCGAGGGGAAGAUUCGCCGGGCGCCCAGCGCUGGGGAUGGCGACACUGCCGAUGCAGAGAAGCUAGACCAACAUACCGCUGAGGAGAGGCUAUACGGACACACCGCUGAGCAGAAGCUAGAUCGACACCCCGCUGCGAACCAUCCCGAUGGAGGAACCCCCUACGCAUCUGACGUCCUCGUUUAUGUCUGCGUUGAUGAUAAGUUCAAAACGCACAUCUUUAGCGACCAGAAAGGAGGGAAGAAAAAUAUCAAGGUGGAGGCUUACGACGACAUAUGCAACAAGAAGGAACUCGGGAUUACCAUAACGAAGGGGCUACAGAUGAAGUAUCCAAAUAUCUCCAACUUUCUCACCUACUUGAAUUUGAAGAACAGUCAGUUCUGCAUUAACUACAACGAGGAGAGGAACACCAUUCGCCAGUCCUUGCAGAGCCUCGUGCACAACGACGUGUACGCGCAGAUUUACUUCGACAAGAUCUUCUCCAUCUUCCAGCAGCCGCUCAGUUCUAAGAUAGCGGAGUUGUGA